CGGUAUGGACAACACAUGAGAAAGUGAUGAAUUUUGUAGUUCACUAUAAGUUGAGCGUUUACAGUACUUUAAAGAAACAGAGCUGUUUACGAAUGUGGACGGGGUUAAUUGAUAUUCAGUGAUAAUAUUUUGCGGGAGAGCUGAAAAGUAUACCGUCCCUUUCUUGGGGCGUUUCAUCUGGCUGUUGAAAUGUCUCUGUUUCUUGUGAACAGGUAUCUUGGAGAGGAGGAAGAUGGGAGCGUCUCCAAGGAGUCUCGGUCUCGGGCGUUACUGGCUAAACUGCAGCAGAAGGCAAAAGAGAAGCAGAAACGGAGUUUGGCAGAGCAGAGACAACACCCGCCUGAAGAACAGGCAGAACAGCAGGACGUCAAGAGGAAAAGAAAAGCCGACAACGACAGCAGCCAAGAGCCUCAACACGCCAAAAAGAGGGAGUCACAAGUAGUGCCUUUGUUGGCCUCGGACCCUGACAAGCCUGCUGAAGAGAAGAAGAAGAACAAGAACGGUGCGGAUGAGAGAGCGAGAAAGAAGAAGAAGAAGGAUCAGUCAGGCAGUUCAGCUAAAGGUCUUUCAGACACUCGGGAGACUGAAGGAGACGGACAGGAGGACACAGGAGAAGAAGAGGAAGCAGAGACAGAAAAUGACACACCAAAACAAACCACAGGGAAGACGUCUGCUCCAACUGGAUUCACAGUUCUGGGAGGGUUUGAGAACAAACCUGUCCAAAAGGUACACAGAGUCCUGCCUCAGUGGCUCGCUCAGCCUGAUUUGAUUCACAGAGACAUUAAAAGCAACCUGAUCCCCAUCUCUGACAUCCCAGGACUUUCUGCUCAGCUCGUGAAAAAACUACAAAAUAAUGGAAUUCAGCACCUUUUCCCAGUGCAAGCGGAGGUCAUCCCGGCCAUCUUGCAGAGCGCACAGCAGGGGCUGCUGAUUGGACGAGGCGGCUACAAGCCCCGAGAUAUUUGUGUGUCUGCACCAACAGGCAGUGGCAAGACUCUUGCAUUUGUCAUACCUGUCAUACAGGUGCUGAUGGAGCGGGUGGUGUGUGAAGUCCGGGCGUUGGCCGUGUUGCCGACCAAAGAGCUCGCCCAGCAGGUUUGUAAAGUGUUCACAUCAUACGCUGAGGGAAGCUCUCUCAAAGUGGUGAUGCUGGCUGGUCAGAAGUCCUUUGCUGCAGAGCAGGCUUCGCUCUCAGAACACAGAGGGGGCCUGAGACGCAGUUUAGCAGACAUUGUUGUGGCCACUCCAGGUCGACUGGUUGAUCACAUCAACAAGAAUUCAGGUUUAUGUCUGGAACACCUCAGGUUUCUUAUUAUUGAUGAGGCUGACAGGAUGAUUGACAGCAUGCACCAGUCUUGGCUCAGUCAUGUGGUGAAGGCAGUGUACAGAUCAGGAGCUGGACCAGAAGCCAUGUCCAUCUUCAGGCGGACUGAGCCAGCAUAUGUCACAGCAGCCAGUCUGUCUCCACCUCAGAUGCCGCUGCAGAAGCUGCUGUUUUCUGCCACACUGACACAGAACCCAGAGAAGCUGCAGCAGUUGGGCCUCCACCAGCCCAGACUCUUCAGCUCCAUCCACAGUCCCUCCAACACCACCCAGAAACAAGACCGCUUCGACUUCCCCCAAGGUCUGACGGAGUAUUAUGUGCCCUGUACAUUAAGCAAAAAGCCCCUCCUCAUCCUGCACUUCAUCCUGCGCAUGAAACUCAGCCCCAUCCUCUGUUUCACCAACUCCAGAGAGACUGCACACAGACUUUACCUGCUGGUGCAGCUCUUUGGUGGACUUCAGGUGGCCGAGUUCUCCUCCCGACUCUCUCCUGGUGAGAGAAAGAAUACGCUGAAGGAAUUUGAACAAGGAAAGAUCCAGCUGUUGAUCAGCACCGACGCAGCCGCCAGAGGCAUCGACAUCAACGAGGUCAAAUGUGUUGUGAAUUAUGAUGCACCACAGUACGUCAGGACGUACAUUCACAGAAUUGGAAGAACAGCAAGAGCAGGGAAAGCAGGCCUGGCCUUCACCUUUCUGCUAGGAGUACAGGAGAAGGACUUCCUUCAGAUGGUGGUGGAAGCAGGAAGUCCCGGGAUUCAAAAGCAGAUCGUCAAACCCGAGACCCUGAAGGGUAUGGAAGCCCGAUAUGAACAAACACUGCAGGAGCUGGCAAACGUUAUCAAGGAUGAGAAAGCCAAGUAAUGGACAACACUGACAGCCUCCUGUGAGCCGACAGCUGUGCCGUUUAAAGAUCACUUUGCAUUUGGAGUUAUUGAUGUUGUUUAAUAAAACACCAAGUGUGUGUGUGUGGUGGAGCUGGGGAUUUCAGAAACAGUAUUUAUCUGAAAUUUGUUACAAAAACAAAGUAAUAUUAAGUAAUAUUUCAGCUAUUUGUUUUAUUUCAUUAAAGCAAUUUCUAUGAAAUUUUAAUUCAAAAAUCUCUUAACACCCCCGUGAAACUGUAAUUUCAUAAUGUGCAAAUAAAACAAAGAACCAGAAACCAA